AUGGCCACCACUAGCCCAAGAGAAACAUACGGCGUAUGGGCACUCAAACCAUUUGGGUAUGAACGAGAACGACAUGAAGACGACCCGCAGGACCCACAUCUGUUGCUCUAUUUCCGAGACCCUCAGAACCCACGGCGAGCUGAGUUCAAGUACAAUGUAGCAAUCAACGUCAAAUCCAAGGGCUUUCCAUCGGAGCUUGUCUAUGCCAUUCAAGAUCCAUUCGACCAUAAACCAACCAUCAAGGUCCUCGAAGAGCUCGAUCUAGGCUUCCACGCUGCAACAGGAGUGCCCGACACUCCCACGGCGACGUCGUCACUCUCACUGGACUACCUGCGCACCCCAGAUCUCAUCUCCAUCACCAAAACCGGCAAGAUCCUUCCACACGACGUGCCUGGGCCCGAUAAUGACCUCCUGGACAGCCUUGAGCCCGUGAUCCAGGCCGCCAUUCGCAACCAAUCCAAGAUGUACAUCUUUGGCUUCCGCUACCGCGAUGGGAAGGGCUUGCACAAGGUGCACAUGAAUCAAGGGUCGGUGGGCUCAUUUGCGAGUCAGAAUGCAGUCGGAACGGACGGUGCCAUUAUUAUACAUGAUGAAUCGGGCUGGAAGGCAGUCUUUUUGGCAUUUGCUAGUCAGAAAGUGCCGACCGAUGGAAUCAAAGGGAAUCCAGAGCCUGGUGCCAAGAGUCUGGAAGAGUUGAUCUGA